AUGUCUCAGUCUAAUAGUAGCCACCGCAGUCGCGCCCUCACCAAAACAACCCGGUCAGGAGACACCACCAUGGCCCGGACACGGCGCUCCUACUCUCCAUCCUCCCGGUCACGCUCCUCAUCCGCCGGGCCCCGUAAUCACCACAAAAAGCCCGGCAUAAAAACUGCGGCGGUCUUCAUCGCCGCCAUCGCUGUCGCCUCCCUCGCCGUCCACAAGCUCUGGCCACGCGGCAUUAUCCACUCUGAAAAGGAACACUGGGAGCACUCGCCCAGCGGCCGCCGGUGCCGCCGACGCAACGCCAUACGGGAUCGUCACAAUGGGUAUAUCGACUACGACGACCACAAUGUGUGGGACCGUAACGACUAUCCCCGCGACCGGCGGAGACUCCCCGAGAGGGAGUACCAUCCUCCUCGUAGCCGCGGAGGCGGUCGGGCAAGGGGCUAUGGAAGCGAGAGCGACGGGGAUUCGUACUAUUCUGACGACUACCUCCCAACCCCGAGCGAGCGCUUCCGUGAAAGACGGCCUGGAAUCGAGGGGGAUGGCCGAGGGCGAUUGCGCGGAAUCGGGGCGGAGGGAGAGAAUGAGAUUGUGAGAUAUGAGAAACAGUCGAACAGAUCAGAGGCGGACAGGAGUCGAUUAGUGGAGGAGCGUCUACAGAAACCUCGUUAUAAUGAAGCUGUGGAGGACUGGAGCCGGCGCGGUGGUCAACGAUUGCCGUCACCUUCCGACGAUCGGCGUGGUUUUAGGGGUGAGCCAGAAUACGAGGAUCGGAGGUCACGGAGGAGGUCUGAUUAUUACUAG